GUCGAUUUCGGCGCCCCAUUUGUACGGUUCGGAAUGACUUCGCGCGAAGUGAAACCACGCGGCAAUUGGUCCUCCAAGAGGGAGUUUCUCCUUUCUUGUUUGGGCUACGCGAUCGGGAUUGGAAAUGUGUGGCGGUUUCCGUACCUUUGCUACCGCAAUGGAGGAGGAGCAUUUCUAAUACCUUACCUGUUGAUGCUGCUGCUCUGUGGAAUUCCUCUGUUUUUCAUGGAGCUGUGCCUAGGGCAGUUCUCGGGCACCGGAUGUAUUACAGUGUUCAAGAUCGCUCCGCUGUUGAAGGGAGCUGGCUAUGCCAUGGUGGUGCUCAAUUUCAUCUGCUGUGCCUAUUACAAUGUGAUCAUCGCCUAUCCGGUUCUGUUUCUGUGGAAGCUGUUCAAUUUUAGGGGGCUUCCGUGGGAAAGUUGUCAAAAUUCUUGGAACACGGACAAAUGUUUGGAGCUGGAUGGGGGAAAUCAUGUUCAAAUUUUGGUAAACAACAGCCUGUUGAACCCUUCGGAGAGAUGGCGAACCCCAGCGGAUGAGUUUUUUCACAAGGAGAUUCUUCAAAUAACGAAAAGCAUCGAAGAACCUGGUGAUAUCGUAUGGCCCCUUCUCAUGUGCAACAUUCUCGUCUGGAUAGUAGUUUACUGUUGCAUCAUCAACGGAGUGCAAUCGGUUGGCAAAGUAGUGUACUUCACAGCAACCUUUCCUUUUGUAAUUCUGGCCAUCCUAUUUGUCAGAGGAAUUACCCUUCCGGGGGCUUGGGAUGGCAUCUCCUUUUACAUAAUUCCCAAGUGGCGAGAGCUUCUCAAUUUGAAGGUUUGGGCGGAUGCUGCCAUCCAGAUUUUCUUUUCCCUAGGACCCGGUUGGGGAGGAAUUCUGAACAUGGCCAGUUACAGUAAUUUCAAGAACAAUGCCAAAUCUGAUGCUUUACUGGUUCCGAUCGUCAAUUGUGGAACGAGCAUUUUUGCUGGAUUUGUUGUAUUUUCAGUUCUUGGGUAUAUGUCACAUCAAACUGGACUGCCAGUAUCUGUUGUGGCCACCGGUGGACCUGGGUUGGCCUUCAUUACUUAUCCUGAAGCGAUUGCUAUGUUACCGUUCUCCAAACUGUGGGCCUGUUUGUUCUUUUUCAUGCUGUUUCUUCUUGGCGUUGAUUCGAUGUUUGUGCAAAUCGAAGCUAUUAUUUCGUCGGUUCUAGACGUAUACCCUAAAUUAAGGGCGAAUAAAAAACUCAUUACCCUUGGGAUAUGCUCGCUUCUGGCUUUACUUUCAGUGUCAUGUACCACUCAGGGUGGCAUGUACUUGCUGCAGCUGCUCGACUGGUACAGCGCUUCAAUUUCAGUCAUCCUAAUAUGUCUGAUAGAGGUAAUUGGCGUCGCGUGGAUUUACGGAAUCGCCAACUUCAUUCGGGACGUUGAAUUCAUGAUCGACCGCCCAGUUGCACGCUUCUGGGCGCUAGCCCUUAAGUACGUGACCCCCUCCAUUUUGACGUUUAUGUUCUUCACCACGAUCAUCUUCAACACGGAAGCGACCUACAACGGUGUGAUUUACCCAAGAUGGGCUAUCGCCGUAGGUUGGAUGAGCUGCCUUGCAUCGAUAGUAUGCAUCCCCGGAUACGCGAUCUAUAAGCUGCGAACAUCAAAGGGUUCAAUUAUGACGCGGAUCAAGUAUCAUUUGAUACCUAUUGACUGGAGUCCAGCCGACUUGUCCCAGAAAGUUUUGUGGAAAGCACACAUUGGAAGGAUCAACAUAUAAAACGAAACAGUUAAAAAAAUAUUUGAAUUUAUUUAUAAGUCAUAAGUAUUUAAGAACAGAAUUCAUUGAUAAAAUGCACCAGUAGUUCAUUUUCCAGCAUAGUCAUGUGAGAACCCUCAAUAAAGCGCAAAAAGACCUCGUCCACCGUACAUUCGGACAGCCC